AUGUAUGUUUGGCUCGACUCGAGCAGCGGCGCUAUCGAGGUCCCCCUUGCGCUGGCGCAAGUCAUGGGGCUGGCCGCGGCUCUCGACUCGGACGCCUACCUGUCGGUAGCAGCGGAGCCGGCGGGCUACGUCCCCACCGCCUCCCGCGUGUGCCUUGAGCCGCUCUCUUGCGACGACUGGGAAAUCCUGGAGGCCAACGCGGAGCACUUGGAGGGCCACAUGCUGACACAGGUGUGCGUAGCCUACACCGGCCAGGUCAUGCCCAUCUGGGUCCAUAACACUUUGCUCAUCAGUCUCCAAGUCGUGUCCGUCGAGAUUCCGGGCGGCGCGCCCGCUGCUGGCUGUGUGAGACUCACCGCCGAUACGGAGGUGGCCGUCUCGCCGAAACCUCGACGUCGAAGGCGUUCGCGGGAAGGGGAACCAAGACAAGAGCGGUUUCGCUCGAGCGGGCUCCUAAGGGUAGCGUCUCCCCCUCCAGGCUGGAAGCUAGAAGGGACAGCAUUGGGGCGUAUCGGCGGUGGCAGCGGCUGUGGCCGGCCGUACGUUCUCGCGCACCCCGCCACCCUGACGGAAAUCGACGGGUGGAACAGCAGGGGCGCCGGAGUUGGGCAGGGAGGGAGUGGGGGGCCAGGAGGAGGGCUACACCACGGGACACUCGAUGGCAGCGGUGGAGCGGCGGUAUUGCGUCUUGGCGGCGGCGGCGGCGGCGGCGGCGGCGGCGGCGGCGGCGAUUCGACAGCGGCGGCGGGUGGCAGAGACUCUUGCGGCGGAAGCGCGGGCGGCGGGAUAGUGGUUGUCCUGCGGGAGGAUGCUCGGGUUCCCCCCGGUCACGUCGCGGAGGCGGUGCGGGAUGGGGGGAGAUCGGGGCUGCUGUUAGCGAGGGCCGGGCUGGCUUUGCUACGGCGUAUCGCGAGAGUCAGGGUCCUCUCCGUCGCGGAAGGUGCCACCGUGCUGCCGAGCCUCGUGUUUAGCAGAGUUGUUGCUCCAAAUGGCAGAAGGAGUACUGGUUCCAAGGGCGUCACUGCCCGAACCGUCGGCAACCACCCCGCACCAACGUCGGCGCCGGGGUGUGUAGAGGCUGGAGCAGCCUCACACGAGACGCUGCGGCAGAUGCUUUCGUACGCGUGGAGAGGAGGGGAAACUGAUACUGGGGUUGUUCGCCGCUCGCAUGGGGUGCCCAGUGGAUGCGCCGGUGGGGCGUUGUCAGCCUCCGGCGGCUUGUUGUCACGGCAUGGGGGCGGUGCCGACCUAGGGGACGCUGGUGAGUCCCGGAGAGAUAUUCAACAUCAACAACAGCAUCAACAGCAGCAGCAACAGCUGGUACCGACAUCGGGAUCGGGAUUGCGGCAGCUGGCGUCAUCAUUCGUCCCGCUCGUGCUCGACGAAGGUGCCGUAGUGUCCCUGCCGUCACCUCCGCCUCCGCCACCCAUGACAGCGGCGCCAACAGAAAACCCCAACAGAGGCAACAACAACUCCACCGCGUGGCGGUGUGCCCCCGCCGAUCUGACGGCCGACUUCGUGGUAGGAUUUUCGUCCAAAAACACGCCGUUGGCGGCGGCGGGGUUUCCGCUCCCGACGGAGGCGUCGUCGGCGACGGGGACCGGCCAAGGGGAGAAGGCGGCGGGGGCGUUGCGGUACGUCGUGCUCGCCUGCCAGGAGGACGUAGAUCGCGCCGUGGCGGAAGCGCUCGUAGGGCCCGAUGUCGCUCCUCCUCCGGGUUGGCACGAGACGACGGCGGUGGGGGAGGGAGGCGGCGGAGUGCUUGGAGGCGUCGAAGAGCAGAUGCGGGCAGUAUCCAACCUUCUCGCCCCCGUCCUUGUUAGACCAGUGGCCGCCGCCCGCGGCCGACUGGGGGUUUCCGCACCGGCCGGAGGCGUAGUCCUUCACGGAGCUGCGGGGGCGGGAAAGACGGCGCUGGCGCUCGCAACGGCCCGGAGAUUGCGGGAGUCGUACUUGUCGAUGGCGGGCACGGAGGUUGUGUCAUGCCGUGACCUGCAGGGGAGGAAGAUGGCAGACGUACUGGGGGCUCUGGAAGAGGCCUUUUCUUCGGCGAGACGCCACGCCCCAUCGCUGGUAGUGUUGGACGAUCUGGACAAAAUUGCUCCGGCUGAGGGGGACGAGGGCGCCGGUGCGUUCAACGCACAGGCCGCUCGUAUUGCGGAGCGGCUGGAGGACCUCCUGACACAGGGAGGCCCGGCGGCCGUGGGCGUCCUGGCGACUGUGGGUUCGGUUGCCGCCCUCAACCCGCGCCUCACGCGCUCCGGCAUGCUUGACGCACAGGUGGAGAUUCCGCCCCCGAGGCCGGCGGCCCGGGCGUCGAUGCUCAAGUCUCUGUUGCGCGGGCUGGGGGCUGCAGGGUCUGCUGCUGCGGCCGGGUCUCACGUACACGGGGGGCGCGGGACCAUAGAAGGCUAUCAGCUCGACGUCGCUAAGGAGGCAUUGGAAGAAGAUGAUGGUGAUGGUGAUGAUGAUGAUGAUGAUGGAGGCAUCGAUUGGGAGUACCUGUCGUUCAAGACGGAGGGGUGCCAAGCCAGGGACCUAGCGAAGCUGGUGAAGAGGGCGGUCUUAAACUCCGCUCUCCGGCGAAUGAAGGAAGCCGAAACGGAAGUCACCAUCUCUUCCGCCCUCGCAGUCCCCUCCGCAAGGGAGCACCAGCACCGUCGCCGGCAACGCACGGCGCUGUCGCCUUCGAGAGUAGUGAUCAAUAGCGGCACCGUGAGGGUCGAGGGCGGCGACUGCGGCAAGGGAGGUCACGACGGCAGCACAUUGAACGGCGACGCUCCUUGCGGAGCUUUCACAAACGGCAGUCAUUACUACCACCCGCCCGCCACCUAUCGAGCUGACCAUCGCUCUUCCAGUGGAAACUUACGGCAUGUGACGGUUGGUGACACGGGGGAGGGCAGCAGCAGCGGCCAUGCGCGAGACCCACAGGGGGCUGCGCACCUGGGGGGUGGAAGCGGGGUCGGUGUCGACAUGGAGGACCUGGAGGCUGCGCUCGAGGGUUUUUCUGCCGAGUCGCUACGGGGGGCAGGGUUGUUCCGGUCAAGCGUGGAGUGGGGUGAUGUCGGGGGGUUGAGGGAGGUCCGUUCGGAGCUGCGGGAGAUUCUCGAGCUUCCCGUCAAGUACGGCCGGCUGUUCGAGGCCACGCCUACACGUCUCCCGACGGGGGCGCUUCUGUACGGCCCGCCGGGCUGCGGCAAGACUCUGCUGGCUGGAGCCGUGGCUGCUGAGUGCGGCCUGAAUUUUAUCAGCGUCAAGGGCCCAGAAGUACUGGACAAGUACAUCGGCGCCAGCGAGCAAGCGGUUCGGUCUCUGUUCGCCAGGGCCGCGUCCGCCGCUCCAUGCGUACUGUUCUUCGACGAGUUCGAGGCUGUGGCUCCGCGCCGCGGCAACGAUAACACCGGGGUGACCGACCGAGUGGUGAACCAGCUGCUGACGUUUCUGGACGGGGUCGAAGGAAGGGACGGCGUCUACGUCCUCGGGGCAACCAGCCGGCCGGACCUCAUCGACUCGGCCCUCCUCAGGCCGGGCCGACUCGACCGGCAGCUGUACUGCGGUUUCCCGGACGCCGCCGAGCGGGAAGACAUUCUCCGCGCGGUGUGCCGAAGGACACCAAUGUCUCGGGAAGCUCGCGAGUUCGCCCUCGCGGGGGUGGCCACCUCUCCAAAGGCCGCGGCUUUCACGGGGGCAGACCUGCAGGCUGUCAUCGACACCGCUCAGCUGGCCGCGAUACACUCGUACCUAGAGGCCCUCCACCCAACCAGCGAUGAAUCGCCCAAGCUGGAGGGGGGGGGCAGCAGCACCAAGGGCUUUGGCAAAGUAACGCAGCGUACUGCGACCGACGGUGGCAUUAGCCGUGGUAGCGGUAGCAGUAGGGUACGAGCGUCAACUGAAGCGCUGGCGCUGGACCUCAAGCCUUCCUGGGAAGGGGCAGCGGCGGAGGAACGCGGAAGAACGGAAGCGGGAAAUUGGGCACAGGCAGCAGACGGAAAAAUCGUUCUCCAGAACGGCUCAGCAAACGAAACUGGGAACGGUUUUGAGCACAGUUCGGAGAAUGGGCCAGGGAUCCACGCUUUGGCGAACGUUCCCGCUAGCGGCGCCAGCGACGGCGUCGAACUUCCAGCCCCAAGACAUAGAGAUGGCGGGAUUCGAGGUGAGAAGAGAGGGGGGGUGGAGGUCUCCGCCGACAAUGUGUGGGCGGCGUUCUUGUCCACCCGACCGUCGCUGUCGGCCGAGGACCGAGCACGGUACGACUCGGCGUACCGAAAAUUUCGAGGUGGGUCGCGGCCGGCGGACUUUAACCCGAUUAGCUCGGUCGAUGAUGGUAACCUCCGAACCGCCUUGAAGUAGGCUCGCGGUUGAUUUACCCAGUCCUGGCCUAUCUGCCUGUGAAGGUGUGGUGCUGGGUUUGGCGGCUGUCGUGGUGGGGGUUGAUUUUGCGUUAAGAUCGCAUCGAUCCCUUGGGACUACGGCUAGACGAAACGGAGGGGAUUUGGACACGAAGGGCUAUUGGUGUUGUUGGCUUACAGGAGUUGAUGUUGUUGUUGUGAGUGGGGUUGUGGGUGAGGGUCACUCCCCCAUAUAGGUUCCAUGUGAACGGUAUGGAACUGGAGUUGUUCCCGGCGGAUGUAGCGUCUUUGUGGUGGUUCGAUUUUUCAAGUGAACGUGGAUUGUUCGGCUAAAUUGGCGUGCGUGCAUUUUAGAAGAGUAUCAGCCAUUAGGUUUAGACGUGGAAACCCGGGGCAAAACAUUCACGGAGGUUGAACACCCCCCUCCACGGCAAAGACGUUGCAAGGUUAGCUUAUCCUUACGCCGUGAUGAGGCAUGCUC